UUCCAGGCAGAAUGCGGGCUGGGAAACUCUACAUUGUGAUGUUGCUGACCACAGUGACGUGCUUUGGACAGGAAACAGGUCUCCCAGCAACAACAACUUCAACUCCUCCUCCUACCACUGGCAAGCCAAAGCCUGUCCUGACCCGGGAGCCUGCAGGAGAGAUAUUUGAAGGAGACACAGUCACCCUGAGCUGUGUGGUUGAGGGGAGCUCUGAUGGCUGGAGAUAUCUCUGGUACAAAGACAGUCGGGAAACUUCAGCACCUCAGACUGACAGCAGCAGUGGAACUGGAGCCGGAUACACAAUCAGUGCUGCUGCUCUGUCCCACAGUGGAGAGUACUGGUGUCGAGCUGGACGGGGGAGCAAUCUGUUUUACUCAGAAUACAGCAAUGCUGUCAAGAUACAAGUAUCAGAGCUGCCCCAGACUACACUCACCCUGGAGCCUCCAUUCCCAGAGAUAUGCACCGGGGAGACAGUCACUCUGAGGUGUGGGGUUAAGGGGGGUUCUACUGGCUGGAAAUAUCUCUGGUACAAAGACAGUGAGGACACUCCAGUGCUCCAGACUGCUGACCGCAGUACAACUGGUGACAGCUACACAAUCACUGCAGCUGCUGUAUCUGACCAGGGCCAGUACUGCUGUCGAGGACGAAGAGGAGAUCAGCCAGUCUACUCACAGCUCAGUGAUAAAGUAACAUUAACUGUGUCUGAUGAAUGGGUGAUCCUGCAGACUCCCCCCCAGCCUGUGAUUGAGGGAGAUGCUCUGACUCUGAGGUGUCGUGACCGCUAUAAUUUUCAUAUUACCAGGGUUGUCUUUUAUAAAGAUAAUAAAGAGUUACAGUCCCAGGCUGACACAGAGCUGAGUGUGGCUCGUGUUUCAAAGAGUGACGAGGGGUCCUACAAGUGCAGAGCGUGGGGGUGGAGCUACUACCAUUAUGGUGACUCUGCAGAGGUGCGGGUGUCAGUGAGAGAGCUGUUCUCCAGGGUGACUCUGACAGCCUCUCCAGGAGCCACAGUGAAGGAGGGAGAGGCUCUUAAACUGACCUGUGAGGCAGCAGUGAACAAAACCCCUCGCCCUCAACUCCACUACACCAUUGUGAGAGACGGGGAGCCUGUGACUAACAGCACUGACUCUGCACUGUACAGCAUAGCCAGCACUGAGAAGAGCCACACUGGGAGCUACAUGUGUGCUGUGGAGUCACAGGGAGUGAAGAAGAGCAGCCAGGAGCUACACAUUGAAGUGCAAACGUCCUGGCACAGCGCUGUUGCUAUUGGCUACAGAGUGAGCUUCACUCUGAUUCAUUUCAUUGUGUUCACUCUGCUGCUCCUUCAAUACUGCAGGAUCCAAGGUUCCCUGUGUAUUGCUGGUGGUACAUCACGGAAAACCUCAGAUCAGGAUCAGGAGCAGUCAGCAGAGAGGAUUGAGCUCUGCAGCCGUGUGCAGCACACUGGAGUGGAACUGCAAUAGUAUUGCACUGUCGUACUGAAGAUCAGCCUGACUGCCAUGUUUUAGAACUACUGUGAAUAUCUGUUCAAACUGCGGCUGUAGUUUACAGAAAAUGACCAUUGACUGGGGUAUUUUCUAAGACCUCAAAACAAAUGGAUUAUUCAUUGAUUGUUUGAUUGAAUUCAUUUAUUUAAUAGAUUGCUUGAUUGCACAGUGUAACUUGAAGUGCAUUACUGAACAAUGUAUGUAUUCAUAAGCUAUUCUGUAGUCAAUAAACUGCUUUAUUCUA